CGAAUAGACGUAGAGUCAGAGUGUAAGUGUAGACUACUCUGAGUCACUCUGACUCUGAGUACUCAAAGUCAGUCUACUCACUCACACUCACCCACUGUUACGACAGUUUAUCUGUAACAACUGAGUGUAUCAUGAACAUCUUUCUGCCAGUCAGAACAGACCAUUGCAUCAAAGGUUUCGAAUUAUGGAGGAAAUACUUCGCUCCACUAGCUUAAAGGAGUUGAAAGCGUCAUUUCCUUCCAUUAUUCAUGAGAUUUUUGACUUUGAGAAAGAGCCUAACCAAGGUUGGCAGCUGGACAAACUCUCCAAGCAUCACACUCCUGAGGUGUUUUCUGCCAUACGAUCUCUGCUGUCCCCUGAAGGACCAUUAAUGAAAGUGGUGAAUUAUUUGCAUAAUGACCCAGCAGCUUUGUAUGAGUUCCCGAUUAAGUAUUUACCAUCUCCUUCAAGGCAGAUGAUAGAAAGUGGAGCUAUCCCAGCAUUCUUUUUAAACAAGCUGCAGUCUCAAAACUUGAGCUCAACUGUGCUUCUGUUAAAUCCCUUUGAGUACUACAUGUUUCAUUUAGCUUACGCCUUGGUAAAUCCCGUCUGGAGAACUGUCAACCACAACUGGAAUGAUUUGCACGAGUACCUUUACCCUACCCUGAUAGAGGACAUGCUCUCCUAUUUCUUGCCUUGCGACAAAAGCUCACUUCCCAUCCUACCACAGUUUAGCAAUGCAGCAGUUAGGCCAAUCCUAUCACAGAAUCAAAGCCGUGUUUUUAGCAAGAGUCUGACGCAGGUAUCCCCAUCAAAUGCAUCACUGUCCAGUUCUUCACAUCGAAGUUUAUUCAAAUCUUCUUUCCUUAAUGCUCAAAAAAUUCACAUGCAGAACAUGCCAGUGUACGACCAGGCAGAGACAGAGAUCUGGCGCUCUGAGACUUUCUUACAAGUCCUUAUUGAAUUCUGGUUGAACCAAAACUCUUCUGGUGUUAAUGAGAUCCAGUCCUACGCUUGUGGCGUUCCUUUUUCAGCGUUUCGCUACACAGAUCCACUUAAGACAAUAUUUGAACACUUUAUGCCAACUAUGAAUCAUGUUAAGAUGGUCAGGCUCCUAGUCAAGUACCUACACUACUUUGCUAACAGCGCCACAUUGGUGGUCAGUUCGCCAUACACACACAACAUUCAGUCACCGCUUGAUCAGUUUAAAAGGUCAGUGAUUCCUCAUAUUUUACAGAAGAAACUUUACACUUUUCUGAAACAUGCGUUUGCAAUGUGGCCUUUGGAUUCCUGCUUUAGAAUGGUUCUUGAAACUUGGCUUAGUUUUAUCCAGCCUUGGAGGUACAAGGAUAUCUCUAAAGGAGGAAUAUUGGAAUCUCAUCACUCAGAGACUGAUAUUAAUAAAUAUGUAGACCAAAGAUGGGAAUCGUUUGUUGAGGAUAAUUUACUUUUUUACACUGUCCUGACAGCCGAGUUCAUUCCUCGUAUUUACAGGAUGGAUCUAACCUCACCUUACAGUGCGUAUAUGGUUUUUAGAGUUUCAAAGAUUCUAAGUCUUCCCAAUUUAAGAGAUUUAAUUUUCAAAGCCGAAUCGGAAUUGUUUGGCAACCUAAGCCAUCCCACUGACCUUGGAGGCAGCUAUUUGUCUGGACACAACCUCUUUACUUCUCUACUUCCUUCCCCCAUACUUGAUUUAGAAGGACCUCAUUUUCAAUACCAGUCUUUCUUUAGUAACCAAAUGAAACAUAGUAUGGUGAAAGUUGUGAACCAAUUGGCUGAGGCGUUAGAAUUUGUGAGAGACCUGCAGGUUAAAGCUCCACACAGUGAUACAAGGUCUGGUUUCUUCUCAGCGUUGUUUGGCUUCAGGGAUAACUCCUACAGCAUAUACACGUCCUCUGAUCACAAGAGGUUGCCAGGGCACUUGGAGCAGGCCAUUGCUAAUUUCUGUGAUGUGUUUGGGAUAAUGAAGCCAGUGUGUAUGACUAGCUCAACGAAUUUGAACCAAAGCGAUGACCCAUCGAUAGCCAAUGAAUCCAUGUAUCUAACUGAACCAGACAAACAGUAUCCUGAAUGUAUUGCAACAGAGUUUGGCCUGAAGCUGACAGACACAGGCAGAAAACAGCUAAUAAACAAAGAGAGAAGGUUUGACACAUUUUAUGUGGGUGACCCUGACCUUCAGCCUGUGAGAAGCUAUGAGAAUGGCACACUUGUCAACAUACUGUUUCGUUUCUGUUCUUUCAUUAACUCUUAUUUCAGCUCAGACCUAAUCUCACUCUACUCUUCUCCCACUUUUGCUGGCCACUUCAGUCGAGUAUUUCUCAAAGACCCGAUGUCCCCAGAAGAUCUUCAGCGUAAAAUCCAUUCGCCAAUCAGCAAGUCUACGACUCACCUGAACUUCUCGCAUCAGCCGCGGAUCAGCCUACGGUUCCUGGCUAGCUACCACACCAUGGUGCGCUUGGCCUUGGCCUACUUCUUCAUGUCUUUCAUGCUGGGGACAGGGCUUGUCCCGUUUUUGUUCCUGGUUUUGUUUUUAGUGAUGGCCUAUGGACUUGUAGUGGCAACAUAUAGGAUGCUGACACAUUCUCCACCAAAACUUGUGCAAGACCCAACCAACCAAUGACAACAAACCAAUGACGUGUACAUAGCUUUAUAUAGAUUUUGUAUGUUUGUUUGGGGUUGCUGAGCAACAAGAACUAUGACAAUCUGUUUUGUAUAAAUCUGGCCAAGUUGUUGUGUAACUGAAUUAUGUGUGCACUGAAAUGUUUGUGCUAAGCAAUGAUAAAUGGUUUAAGGAUUAUCUUCAUGAAAUUGAAUGCAAUUCUGAGUUGUUCUUUUUAUACAUUCACACUGCCUUUGAAUAAAUGCGAUAUAGAGUGUGAGUAGAAGUGUUGUUUAUUAUAUCUUGUACCAAGUCAUGUGAUACUAAGUCAUGUGAUGCUUAGUCAUGUGACAAGAAUGUGUCGAGACAAACCAGGAAAAGGAAUGAAUGAACCAGAUUUGACAUUAAUACUUAAUUUACACAUAUGAAUAAUUAUUGUCUUUUAAAUUGAACCAUAAUAUUAUUUAAUAAAAUGUUGUCUACUCAUCUCAA